GGAAAGAAGCGAGCCACAACAAUGGGGACGGCAGGCGAGGUACGGCACUGGAAUGCUGACGUCAACGGCAUCUCCCUCCACGUCGCCGACCAGGGCCCCGCCGACGGCCCCGCGGUGCUCCUCAUCCAUGGCUUCCCGGAGCUCUGGCUCUCGUGGCGCCACCAGAUGGCCGCGCUCGCCGCCCGCGGCUUCCGCGCCCUGGCACCUGACCUCCGCGGCUACGGCGACUCCACCGCCCCCGACGACCCCGCCGCCUACACCAUCUUCCACAUCGUCGGAGACGUCGUCGCGGUCCUCGACCACCUCGGCCUCCCCGAGGUGCUGGUGGUGGGGCACGACUUGGGCGCUCAGGUGGCGUGGCAACUCUGCCUGUUCCGGCCGGACAUGGUGCGCGCCGUCGUCACCAUCGGGGUUCCCUUCUUCCCCCGGGGGCCUCAUCCUCCCUCGGACGCAUUUGCAGCGCGAGAUGGCCUAUACAUCAUGCAGUUCCAGGAACCAGGGAGAGCUGAAAGGGCAUUUGCUCGUUAUGAUGUUGCAACUGUCCUGAAAAAGUUCUACUCCAUCGAAAUCGACGACCUCACUGCUCCUCCUGGGGUGGAGAUCAUAGACUUCCUUGAGGCACGUUCAUCGCCGCUUCCAUGGAUUACUGAAGAAGAACUUGGCCAGUAUGCUGAAAAGUUUCAGAAGUCUGGGUUCACAGGACCCAUCAACUACUACCGCGUGAUGGACACGAACUGGAGACUUACUGCACCCUGGCAAAACGCAAAAAUUAUGGUGCCUGCAAAGUUCAUCUGUGGUGAUAAGGACAUGGGUCUCAAGUCCUUUGGAACUGAGCACUUUAUCAAGAGCGGCGCUUUCAAGUCAUUUGUUCCAAAUCUUGAGGUCGUCACCAUUGAAGGUCACCAUUUCCUCCAGCAAGAGCAGGCCGAGAGAGUAAAUUCAGAGAUACUGUCCUACUUGGACAGGUUUACUGGUGAGAAGGCAUGAACAGGAUGGUCACUCAAACCGUGCACCAGAAAAUAAACAGUAUACUACUGUAGAAUGCUUUGAGAUUUCUGGAAUCUUGCUUCUUUUUUCCAAAAUGGUUGAGCUCAUAUAGCUCCUGUAUUUGAAAUGUGAAAGUCAACCAUUUGUUACCUUAAAUAAACAAAUAUACGAGCAGUUGUUAAGCCCCAUAGUAUUUUACA